ACCACUGGUGCGCAUCAGACUAGUUUCGUUCACUGUCUCUUAGUAGACCAAGAGAGAUUUAUUAUCAACUCUUGCCAUCAUUGCGUCCUCAUAUAUACUUAGCGAAACUACGGAGGACUUGACCGUUCAAUCACCCGCGACAGGAAGCAUACAUCUGACACUGGAUUGAGAGUCACUUCGAGGAAUACGGACAGAAACAUGCUCAGUGUGGCCACUAUCAGCAGUCAAAACGCUGUUGUUUAUGCACCUUCAGUUGCAACCUCAGCAACUUCGAAGACCAGGAGCAGAUACUGAUCACGAAGAUCAAAGUCAGUCCACAACAGAGUACAUCAAAGCUUCACAUCCAUUAAGUAUCUCGUACAUCUGACAUGGGAUCUAUGCAAAUCAAAGCUGAAGAAGCCGAGUUACCUCCGGAGAGAAGAGUGGGAGAUGGAUCUAUCAGUUUGAGAGGAAAGCCAUCAGAUAAGUCUAAGUCGGGGACAUGGCGAGCCGCUUCAUUCCUCUAUGUUAUCGUAUUCGUAAACUCCCUAGUUUUGCUUGCUCUACAAGGGAACCUCAUCACGUACACAGUCAAUAUCUUGCACCUUGACGUGGCCACUGCUGCGAACCUCACCAACUAUAUUGCCGGCUCAACGAUGGUGGCUACCAUAAUCUUCGGAUUUAUUGCUGAUGCCUACAUCCUACCUUUUUGGGUCAUCGCAGCAUCGUGCGUCGUCUAUGGUGGGGGCCUUAUUGGUUUGGUGCUCGCUGUAUCGCUACCAAAUCUGAUACCUCCCCAAUGCGACGAGGCCGUAUGCCCGCCUGCCAGUCAGCACAUCCAGAGCGUGUUCAUGGCAGGACUGUUUAUUACAGGUUUGGGCGCUGCAGGAAUCAAGCCUACAGUGCUGUCCUUGGGGAGGCAGCAAUUUGACUACACGGAUCCCGUGGAGAAAGAGAAAGGAAUUCUAUUUUUCUCCUACUACUAUGCAGUGUUUGAAGCUUCCCUUUUGCUGGCCACCACUGUCUUCUUCUGGCUUCAGACAGACGUCGGCUUCAAGGAAGGAUAUUCCACAAUGGCAGGGACUUUUUAUGCAGGCAUCAUCAUCUCCCUCUUUGGCAUUCGCUAUUUGAGACACCAAAAGCCCGUGGGCAGUCCGCUGACAAUUUUGGCCAAGGUGAUUGUUGCCGCCACGAGGAACUGGCGCAAGCCUUUACCAGCAGAUGGUUCUAAUUUGUACGAACUCGAAGGAGAGACGUCAGAUAUACAGCUCAAUCGCAUCCGUAAGAUAACUCACAGCGAGGGACUGAAGUUUCUGGACAAGGCUGCGGUCCUGCCCGAUGAUGCGAAACGUCUUAGUUCCGAUCAGAAACAGCAACUGAUGCGCGAGUGGAAGCUGUGCACCGUGACGCAAGUCGAAGUUCUGAAGGUGGUGCUUCUGUUGUUUCCGAACUGGCUGUGUUCCUGCUUCUUAUACGUUGCGGCAGCUCAGAACAUGACGUUCGGCGUGCAACAAGUGUCCGGAAUGGAUCGCCACUGGGGGAGCUUCACUUUUCCUCCGGCUACCGUUAUGACCGUGAGCAUUGUCUCCUCUCUCUUGUGGAUCGCGGUCUACGAGUACGUCCUCCUCCGUCCUCUGAAGAAAUGGACCGGCCACCCUCGAGGCUUGUCGCCUCAGGUCAGAACGGGCCUGGGCUUGUUCUUCGCGGCAGCAACGAUGGGCGCCUCUGCUUUGGUCGAGAUGAGGAGGGUGAGCGUGAUUCGAGCCCAUAAUAUCACCGACCUGCAGGUGAAGCGUGGACUAAUCCCGAUGAGCGCCGCAUGGGUGCUCCCCGAGCUUAUAUUGAUGGGUUUCAGCCACCCUUUACUGGGAACUGCCAUGCUGGAGCUCUACCAUCAAGAAUUUCCCGAAAAUAUGGUCAGUCUUUCCAUGGCUCUGACGUUUGGUUGUCAGGCACUUGGUCGAUUUAUCACGAUUGGUAUUGUCAAUGCAACCGAACGGUUCUCUGGUGAUGGCGGCGCCAAAAGCUGGCUGAAGAGUGGGUUCAAUACUGGAGGCUUGGCCAACUACUACUGGUUACUCACUGUCAUAAUGUUCGUCAAUCUUUGUGUUUUCGUUCUGUAUGCACACUUUUACACUUAUAAAAAUUUGAGAGAGGACGAUCAAACAGAGUCGACUGUAAAGGCAAACUCUGAUGAAGCUUCUGAAUACCAAGUGAAGAUCAGAUCAGACUCCGCAGAUGAUUCGAACAUAGAUGAUGGAAGUAAGAAGCUGGUACGGAGAUCCGUUCAAGUCUGAUUCGAACAUAGAUGAUGGAAGUAAGAAGCUGGUACGGAGAUCCGUUCAAGUCUGAUCUAAUCAACGCUCUGUAAUAUAAAGAUACAAGGUGUAUUUGUAUUAUUCUCACAAUGUGAUAACACAUUUGACCAAUAUUUGAAGCUGGAAAUCAUAACUGUCGAUGAGGCAGUACUACUGCGAGAACGCGUAAUACCGUGAGAUUUGUGUUCUGAUGAACUUCUCGUGAAAAUCAACUGUACUGGCCUCAAUAGCGUCUGUGCAGCUCCAGCUUUCUUUUGGACUCUUUGUCAAGAGAUCCUUCCUUUUGAACCGUCAGUUGCCUUAUUGAAGUCCUCGUCACAGAAAACCCAUAGGUAUAACUGGGACGAGAAGAUAUAACCCAUGAUAAUUGCGUUAUCCAAGGAGUCAUCUCACUGCGGGCAGCCCACCUUCUACUCCAGUCUCACCAUAUGCACCCAUUACACUAGGUAAAAGAAUUAUAUAAGCUAGAGAUUGGAGUGUGUAUGUUCAG